UGCUCUGCCAAAAACCUGAAGAACAUCUCAGAGCUGUUCUACUAUGCCCAGAAGGCAGUGCUCCACCCUACAGGACCCCUGUACUGCCCAGAGGAGAAGGAGAUGAAGCCGUCUUGCAUCAAGUCUCUAACUCGCAUCUUCAAAGUGUCGGACCUGGACAACGAUGGCAUCCUCAACGACAAAGAACUCAACUUCUUCCAGAGGACGUGUUUCAACAUGCCCCUGGCGCCCCAGGCCUUAGAGGAUGUCAAGAACGUGGUGAGGAAGAACAUGACGGACGGAGUUGAGGACAACGGACUCACGCUCAAAGGGUUCUUGUUUCUGCACACGCUUUUCAUCCAGAGGGGGCGUCAUGAGACCACCUGGACGGUGCUGCGGAGGUUUGGGUACGACGACGACUUGGAGCUUCACCAGGAAUACCUGUUCCCCCUGCUAAAAAUACCUGCUGACUGCACCACCGAGCUCAACCACAACGCGUACCUCUUCCUCCAGAGUGUCUUCGACAAGCACGACAAAGACAGAGACUGUGCCUUGUCUCCAGAGGAAGUCAAGGACCUGUUCAAAGUGUUUCCCUACAUGCCUUGGGGCCCCGACGUCAACAACACCGUGUGUACCAACGACCAGGGCUGGAUCACCUACCAGGGUUACCUGUCACAGUGGACGUUAACGACGUACCUGGAUGUGCAGCGCUGCUUGGAGUACCUGGGCUACCUUGGCUACUCAAUCAUCUGUGAGCAGGAAUCCCAGGCAGCAGCCAUCACAGUGACCCGUAACAAGCGCAUCGACCUGCAGAAGAAGCAGACGCAGCGCAGCGUGUUCCGCUGUAACAUUCUGGGAGCCAGGGGGAGUGGCAAGACCAGCUUCCUGCAGGCCUUUCUGGGUCGCAACCUGCUGAAACAGCGGAAGAUCAGAGAAGACCAUAAAUCGUUUUACUCCAUCAACACCACGUAUGUCUACGGCCAGGAGAAGUACUUACUGCUUCAUGAGGUGAUGCCAGACUUUGACUUCCUCUCAGAGGAGGACCUGGCGUGUGACGUGGUCUGUCUGGUGUAUGACGUCAACAACCCGCGCUCCUUUGAGUACUGUGCCAAGGUCUACAAGCAAUACUUCAUGGACAGCAAGACGCCGUGCAUGAUGAUCGCCUCCAAGUCAGACCUGCACGAGGCGCGCCAGCACUACAGCCUGACCCCGCUGGACUUCUGCCGCAAGAACAAGCUGCACCCGCCCCAACCCUGGACCUGCAACACGGUGGACGCCCCCAACAAGGACCUCUACACCAAACUCACCACCAUGGCCAUGUACCCCCACGCCAAGCUCCGCUGCAUGUGUACCUGCAACAGGUGUACCUUCUGCAUCUGUCAGAACAUCCUCCGGUCCCAGCUACUGACAAAUAUAAAGGCCAAAUUCUACAGUGUUGUUCUGAACAGGUUACAUGAUGUUGGAGCCUAUCUGUUGGCUGACGAGGAGUGCAGUCUGAUCCAGCAGGUUCACGCCAUCAGUAAUGUAGAGGAGUCUAUCUACAUGGAGUCUUCUGUCCAGCCCUAUGGGCCCCAGGCCAGGCACAUGGCUCAGGCAGACCUGAAGAGCUCUACGUUUUGGCUAAGGGCAAGCGUGGGGGCAACCGUGUUUGCAGUCCUGGGCUUCGCUAUGUACAGAGCUAUCCUCAAACAACGAUGAUCAAGACAGACACAGGAUGCAUGAGAUGACCCUUGACCCGCCCCCCACCGCCUAGUCUCUGCCCUUUGACCCCUCACGCCCUCCCUGAAAUAAAACAUGACCUCCAACAUCCCACAGUCCUCUGCUCCCCUUCCCCAAAAAGAGACAACUACUGAAUGAAACGGAACUUCCAGCCCAUCUGAACCUGAUCCCACAUCCACCCUACCGGAGAAGGAACAAACCGGAGAAACCAUAGAUUGAUUUUAUAUAUUUGAAACAGAGAAAAAAACUUGUCAUCAACUGUUUUUUGUUUUUCUUUGGGGGGAAAAAAUGUCACCACAAACUCACAUUGUAUUUUUUGAACACCAUCUAAUCAAUCUACUGCAGGCAUUCUGGUAUCGUAUGAUCUGGUCUAGUCUUGGGGGUUUUUCUUCUCCAGGUCAGACAGUAGUAGUUGCUGGUUGUUUUUAAAUCUGUGUAGAACCCAGCCUUUUUUCUCAGGUCAGUAUUAUAGCUAGCUGGUUUAGGUCAGUAUUAUAGCUAGCUGGUUUGACCCCAGAGCCCAGGAGAAAGCAAAGAAGGCAGCCGCAUACAACUCACUACAAAAGGGACUGAAAAUAUUUGUUUAUAGGUGUGUGUGUAUAUAUAAAUAUAUAUAUUUGCUCGGGUACUUAGAGAAAUACCCAACUAGAUUACGGCGUGAACAAAGCUUGCCAGGAUCAAAGCAUUCAGUUCUGUAACACCUCAACAGUGAGCCUACAGGAAGAGCUGCAAAGUCAAAGCCAUUUUUAACGUUGAAAAGGUCAUGGGUUUCGUGCACGCGUUUCAAUUGCUAUUAAUUUAUUAACCUGUUUUCUUUGGUUUAUCAGUUUGGAAUGGUUUGUUCAGCAUUGCAUGAAACAGACGCACUUCAAGAGGAUAAUGCAUUCAUUUCCCAUGUGUUUUUGUAUAUCUAGUAUUAUCAAAGCCGUUAUUAAUAAUGACAUCCAUCAUUCACUUACUCUGAAAGACAAAAGACUACAACAUUAUCAUGACUGCUUCUUCCUCGACUUGUUUUAUUUUCCUGUUUUUAAAAUAGCUUUUUUCCCUUUCAUAUUAUGGUUUUAUUUGUCUGUUCCACUGUUAUGCCUCCAGAUUCCACUAUGUUAUUAACAGCCAUGCAGUGCACCUCUGACUCCCUCCUUGGACCAUGGAUGGAACUGUUUAUUCUCAUUGACUUUUCCAACAUUUACAAUAAAGAACUGUGUGAUCUGA